AUGUCCUACACUUUGAACACUGGCGCUAAAAUCCCGGCCAUUGGCUUGGGUACCUUUCUCCUGACACCCGAAGAAGUCUAUGGUGCCGUCAAAGAAGCACUUGCUACUGGCUACCGUCACAUUGACACGGCUUACUUUUAUGACAACGAGGAAGCAAUUGGCCGGGCUGUAAAAGACCUGGGCAUCCCCCGGAGUGAGAUCUUCAUCACCACUAAGUUAUGGUCUACGCAACACCAAAACCCGCAGAAGGCUUUGGACGAUGCUCUUAAGGCGUUGAACACCGAUUACAUCGAUUUGUACUUGAUCCACUGGCCAGUGGCGUUCGACACUACUAAUGGCAAUGACAAGUUCAUCCCCAAGCGGGCUGAUGGUCUGUGGGCCAUUGACCCUCUGGUGGACUUUGUCGACACCUACGCCAAAUUGCAAGAACUUGACCCGUCUAAGGUGAAGGCAAUUGGGGUGUCCAACUUCAGUAUCACCAACUUGGAAAGAUUGUUGCUGGCUCCUUCUACUAAGGUGACUCCUGCUGCCAACCAAGUGGAAAUACACCCCCUUCUUCCCCAGGAAGAAUUGAUCAAGUACUGCAAGGCCAAAAACAUCCAGAUUGAGGCUUACUGUCCAUUGGGAAGUGCCAACUCUCCUCUUUUGGAUAACCCUGUUCUCGCCAAGCUUGGGGAGAAAUACGGCGUGCCUCCGGCAACUAUUAUGAUUCUGUGGGCUUUAUGGCGUGAAUACGUGGUUCUCCCCAAGCUGGUCAACCCUCAACGGAUCAAGCUGAACUUUGAGGUUGUCAAGUUAUCUGACGAGGACGGGGAAACCAUCAACAACAUUUCUAAAACUGAAGGUAUCAAGCGUAUUGUUGAUCCCCCAUUUGGCGUAAAGGUUUACGAUGACAACACUGCUUAUUAG